AUGUUCCAGGAGGAGCAGCUGAAGGUCGCGCACUGCUCCGAUGAUUCGGCCAUGUGCUACUUCCUCACCGGCCUGGCCGACGAGACUCUCACCGUUAAGCUCGGAGAGGAGGCUCGAGCAACCUUCGCCGAAGUUCUGCAAAAGGCGAAGAAAGUCAUCGAUGGCCAAGAACUCCUCCGAACCAAGACUGGCCGACCUGAAAAGCAAAUCGACCAGAAGAAGCUAAGUCAAGAGAAGAGGAAGGCUGAUUCUAAGUCUAAGGACAAGGGAUCGUCCUCUUCUGGCAGUAGAACCGAAAUUACAGCCUUGAAUAGGUUCGUGUCAAGAUCAACGGACAAGUGCCUUCCUUUCUUCAAGGUUCUUAGGAAGAAGGGACCGUUCGAAUGGACGGUAGAGUGUGAGCAAGCACUAGAGCAGUUGAAAAACUAUCUCUGCUCGGCACCUUUACUCGCAAAACCAUUGCCAGGAGAGAAGCUCCACUUGUACCUGGCAGUAUCUGAUAGCGCCGUCAGCUCGACCCUGAUCAAGCAGGAAGGUGCGCGCCAAAGUCCCGUUUAUUACACCAGUAAGGCCAUGACUGAGCCCGAGACCAGAUAUCCCCAAACGGAAAAGCUGGCCUUCGCUUUAGUCACCUCGGCCCGAAGACUUAGGCCGUACUUCCAAGCGCACACUGUUAUAGUACUUACAAACUUGCCCCUGAAGAAUAUCUUCCUUAAGCUUGAAAUAUCAGGGCGUCUGAUGAAGUGGGCAUUAGAAUUAAGCGAGUACGACAUCCAGUUCGGGCCUAGAACCGCGUUAAAAGGGCAAGCAGUGGCGAACUUCAUCGCGGAGCUUACCCCACCGUCCCAGUUGACCGAGUCCGACCUCUCGUGGACGAUCUACGUUGAUGGAUCUUCCAAUGAGAGGGGGUGCGGGGCAGGAAUUCUCUUGCUCGCACCAAGUGGUGAGCGAUUUGAGUAUGCUCUACGGUUCAACUUUCGGACUUCAAAUAAUGAGGCCGAGUAUGAGGCACUUCUAGCAUGCCUGUGCGUCGCCAGAGGACUGGGGGCCGUGCACAUCAAGGUCUUUAGUGACUCCCAGUUGGUUGUAAAUCAGAUCAAGGAGGAGUACCAAACGAAGGACCCCCGAAUGGAAAAAUAUCUGAGUAAAGUCAGAUCGCACCUCGCCCAGUUCAGGACUUAUGAGGUGAGUCAAGUUCCAAGAUCUGAAAAUUCCAAUGCGGAUGCCUUAGCCAAAUUGGCAUCAGCAUAUGAGACCGACUUGGCUAGAUCGGUCCCGGUCGAGAUCUUGGACAGUCCUUCAAUCUUAGAGCCAGAUGUGAUGGAGGUUGACACUCCAUCACCCUCUUGGAUGGACCCAAUCGUGGAGUUCAUCAAAGGAAAUCCACUGCAAGAUCCGAAGGAGCAAAAGAAGAUGGCACGGAGAGCAGCUCGGUUCACACUCCGAGAAGGAGCGUUGUACCGACGUGGCUUCUCCCUGCCUCUGCUUAAGUGUGUGACUCCCGAAGAAGGUCUUUACAUCCUUAGGGAAAUCCAUGAGGGAGUGUGUGGGAACCACUCUGGCGCCAGGUCGUUGUCGGCCAAGGCCGAGGCACUGUCCCACAUCACAGAGUCUAGAGUCACAUCUUUCAUAUGGGCAAACGUUGUAUGCCGUUUUGGUAUACCAAAUGCUAUUGUGACGGACAACGGAAAGCAGUUUGACAAUGCAAAGUUCAAGGACUUUUGCAGUAACGUGGGAAUAAGUCAUCUCAGCUCGUCCCCUGCUCAUCCGGAGGCCAACGGGCAGGUCGAAGUAGUAAACAAAAUCAUUAAACGAGGACUCAAGCUGAGACUGGAUUCCAGAAAGGGGAGAUGGGCCGAGGAGCUACCUGAAGUAUUAUGGUCGUAUCGGACCACCCUAAGGGAGUCAACUGGCGAAACUCCGUUCUCGCUAGCCUUUGGCUCCAAAGCUGUUGUACCAGUAGAGAUCGGCAUACCAACAGGCAGAGUAGAGCAGUACGAGUCAGCGAAGAACGAAGAAGAGCUACUCCUUAACCUGGACUUAUUGGAAGAGAAAGGGCUCAGCUGCGCCUAG